UCUCGUUAGAUCUGGCAACUCUGGAAAGCCGCCAUAAGGGAAGUGCCGCGGCGUGCUCACCUCAUUCUCUCGAGCUGCGUUCAUUUUAAUCGGCUAAUCAAUCGCAGCAGGAUUCGUCGUUUUUAAUCUUAUAUUACAAUAUACAGAAUGGCCACCGAUUCAGGCUACGGUCAACAUGGUGGCGCACAAAGCUACGGAUCCUAUGGAGGUCAGCAGAGUGGACAGAGUUAUGGACAAGGAAAUGGCAGUGGCUCCUAUGGGGGUCAAGGUUACAGUGGUUAUGGACAGCAAGGGGCGACACAAGAUGGUUAUGGACAGUCUCCAGGAGGAUAUGGGCAACAGCAGAGCUAUGAUGGUUAUGGACAGGAGUCAUCUGGGUAUGGUGACAAGCCAUCUUAUGGCCAGCAAGGAUCAGGAGGUUCCUAUGGUCAACAGGGCUCUUAUGGACAGCAAGGAUCCUAUAGUGGCCAGGGGCAAGGGGGUGAUAGUUAUGGACAACAGGGAUCCUAUGGAGGCCAGGGGCAAAGCGGUGGCUAUGGAGGCCAGGGGCAAAGCGGUGGCUAUGGAAGAUGGAAUGAAGGUGAAGGUGGUAGUCAAGGAGGGAGGUAUAGCCGUGAUCAUGGAGACCGUUCAGAAGGAGGAGGCUUCAGAGGCAGAGGCCGUGGUGGCUAUGAUCGUGGCGGCUAUGACAGAGGUGGAUAUGAGCGUGGUGGUGGUGGUGGCGGCGGCUAUGACCGAGGUGGAAGAGGUGGACCUCCUGGUAUGGGAGGUGGUGACCGUGGUGGCUACAAAAAUUACGGUGGCUCUCGUGACUACGGCCAAAGGGAUGACUCAGGUGGUGAACAGGACAACUCUGACAACAACACCAUUUUUGUUCAGGGACUGGGAGAAGAUGCCACAGUUCAAGAAGUUGGUGACUUCUUCAAACAAAUUGGUAUCAUAAAGGUGAACAAGAAGACUGGUCAACCAAUGAUCAACAUCUAUUCUGAUAAAGCUACUGGUCGGCCAAAAGGAGAAGCUACGGUAUCAUUUGAUGAUCCGCCUUCUGCCAAAGCUGCCAUUGACUGGUUUGAUGGCAAGGAGUUCAACGGCAAACCCAUAAAAGUCUCUUUUGCCACUCGCAGAGCUGAGUUCACACAGAGAGGAGGUGGAAGGGGGGGUAGGGGAGGUUUUAGAGGACGUGGUGGUGGCGGCAGCGGCAGCGGUGGUGGUGGUGGUGGUGGUGGUGGAGGAGGAGGUGGUGGAGGUGGCCCCAACUUUGAUGUCAAGGGAGGAGACUGGCCCUGCCCCAACAGCUCCUGCGGCAACAUGAAUUUUGCACGGCGACAAGAGUGUAACAAGUGUGGCGCACCCAAGCCAGGAGAUGGAUUUGGAGGUGGGGAUCGUGGAGGCCGGGGUGGUUUUGGUGGCGACAGAGGUGGUGGCUUCCGAGGUCGUGGAGGAUUCCGUGGAGGUGACCGCGGUGGCUACGGAGGAGGAGGGGGAGGAGGAGGAUUUGGUGGUGGAUACAAAAUGGGUGGGAGGGGUGAACGCAGAGAUGACAGGAGAGACCGGCCAUACUGAGUGUCAAGCAGAUGGACACCGUUGCAGCUCCAUGAGUUCAUUUGUAAUUUUGGGAGGGCUUCAUUUGGGAAGGAAGGAGGGGGGGGGGCAGGCAGAAUGUGACAUUUGUGUACCUUUUGUAGCCAGUGCAUCCUCUGUAUUGCUCUUUUCAUCUGAGUGAAGGGUGUGUUCCAGCUGCUGAGGACUUUUAGGCUGAAUAGCAGUCUUGGCAUGUGGUCAAAUGUAUUUUUUUUAUUUCUUUGUACAACUUUUAAUUUCCUCUCAUUCUAGGUCCAAAUGUUUUGUGAGGUAGACUUUGCACCAUUGUUUUGUAUGAGCAAAUUAAAAUGUUUUACUUGGCUUUUCCCAAAAUCCAUUAAACUGUGAUCUUCUCUGUGA